GUGAACCACGUGACGUCUGUUUACAUCCUCUCAGCUGUUCCUCGACAAAAACAGCGCUGGCUGUUCAACGCCACGAAAAACUAUACAUAAUCAACAGUGCGCUAAAAACAAAAACAAAAAAAAAACAAAAAAACAAUUCUAAUGUGCAUCCAGUCUGCUUGGCUAGUGCAAAUCCUGAGAUUGAGUCAUGGCUUUAUAAAGAAGAAAGAAACUCAUACAGUUUUGAAACAACUUGAGGUCCUCAGAUCUUGCCGUAGCCGAGAAUGGUCUGAGGUGAUUUGUGUGGGCCAGACAUCACGACUGGGCAUCCCUGUGGAGAAUCGCUCCAGCACUUUCAUCUGGAUGCGAGGACCGGUCUAGUUACCCGUCUCUCACCUCCUCUGCAUUUUCUUUUUGUUUCUUUUUCUUUCUCGUUGCCUGUCUGGGGAACAUGGGGGGAGCAGUCAGUGCUGGCGAGGAUAAUGACGAUUUGAUAGACAACCUGAAGGAAGCCCAGUACAUCCGCACAGACCGCGUCGAGCAGGCCUUCAGGGCCAUAGACCGUGGAGAUUACUACCUGGAGGGCUACAGAGACAAUGCAUACAAAGACCUGGCCUGGAAGCAUGGGAAUAUACACCUCUCGGCGCCGUGCAUCUACUCCGAGGUGAUGGAAGCCCUGAAACUCCAGCAGGGUUUGUCUUUUCUUAACCUCGGCAGUGGCACGGGAUACCUGAGCACGAUGGUGGGCCUGAUCAUAGGUCCGUUUGGAGUAAAUCAUGGCGUUGAGCUCCAUAAGGAUGUUGUGGAGUAUGCGAAAGAAAGACUCGAUGACUUCAUUAAAAACAGCGACAGCUUUGACAGGUUUGAGAUCUGCGAACCACACUUUGUCGUGGGGAACUGUCUGGAGAUUUCUUCAGACAGCCACCAAUAUGACCGGAUAUACUGCGGAGCUGGAGUUCAGAAGGACCACGAGAACUAUAUGAAAAUCCUGCUGAAAGUCGGAGGAAUUUUGGUCAUGCCAAUAGAGGAUCAGCUGACUCAGAUAACUAGAACUGGUCAGAGCUCCUGGGAGAGUAAGAAUAUCCUGGCGGUGUCAUUUGCUCCUCUUGUUCAGCAGAACAGGACAGAAGGCUGCAAGACUGAAGCUGUGGUACUCCCGGCUCUGAGCGUGAGGAAUCUUCAGGACCUGGCUCGAAUCUACAUCCGCCGAACCCUCCGCAACCUGACCAACGACGAGAACCCCGGCCGCAACAACACGCAAAGAGCGUCCCAGAAGCGCAAGCGCAGGCGCUGCCGCCGCCGCCGCCGCAUCAACACCUACGUGUUCGUCGGGAACCGGCUGAUUCCUCAAACCAUGGACAGCGAGGAGGACGAGUGCAUCGAGGACGAGAGCAAAGAUGAGGAGCAGGAGAAAGACAUUGAGCCCAUCAAACCCGAGGAACCGCAGGUCAACCAUCUGAGAGACAAAAUCCUGAGUCUGCCGCUGCCCGAGUCGCUGAAGUCCUACCUGCUGUACUACCGUGAGAAAUAACACUCAGUCGAGCACUCGUCUUCGGUGGUGGUUUCCUUUCUCGGGCUGCAUCUCACCCUGAGGUUCAUAGUUGUUGUUUUUUUUGAUAAUGUAGCAUAAUUUAAACAUUUAAAUGGGGUUGGGUUGCGUUUCCAAGAGACUUGAUUUGAAUGUGCUUGCUGUGUUUGUUCCAAUGACUCAUACCGUUGUAAUAUUCACAUUUUGAAUGUGAUUUUUCACCGCAGAGGAACUGAGGGAGACUGGGGUUUAGAAGCUUCUAGCUCACCUUGUUUGCAUUCAGAAGAGUUUGCUAAAUGUAACAGAAGCUGUUUUUCAAAGGCUUGUAAUGUAAGACCAGUAAUGACAGUUUUCUUUCUUUUUUUUAAUUGUAGAGAAAAUAUCAUUAUUUCGGGAUUAAUUUUCGCCUUUGAUUCUCCGAACCUUCUGGAGUUUUCGCUGUUUAUGAUGCUAAUGCUUUCGGUAUAUCUUUGGACUGUUUUAGUGAAGUUCCAUCUAGAGAGGAUUGUUUGACCUGUGUUUUGCAUUUCUUUUUUUUUUACACUCUAGUCACAUUUGUAAGUACCGAUAUUGAACUCUCUUAAUAGAUGAUGUAAUUUUUUUGCUUGUUCCUUUCGUCUGCGAGUCGUCCUGAAGACUUAACGCUCCGCUUUUUGCUUGUGAUCAUAAAACGUAAGAGACGUCACUGCUUGUGUCGGUUUGUAAUCGGUGGUUUCACACUGUCGUAACAACUUGUUUGCAAUAUAUUGUCCGCAUAUUCACUUAUUCUGUUGAUUGUAAAUGAAUUUGUUACAUUGAAAUGGAAUCUAAUAGAAUUUCACAUCUAUCAUGUUUGUCACAUUUCCCCCCAAAAAAACAGUUUGAGAUAUUGAAAAAAAAAUAUAUCAUCUAUAAAUCAGAUAUAUAGUUCUACUCAUGUUUAUAAUCUGCAAAAUUUAUUUUUUAAAUUAAAAUUCAAAAAAUAAAAAAUAAUUUCAUGAAAAGUACAGCUCUGAAGAAGCUAAAACUAUUUAAUAUUGUUUUUAAAUUCAUAAGAAUUAAGAAUGAAACUAUAUUAUCAUCAUAACACAUUUUUACACAACAAUACUAAAUGAUAACUGCAUAUAUUUCUUUUGGUCGCCUUAAUUAUUGUGUCGCCUCUGUGUGGAUCUCUGGCUCGUCCCACAAAAGUCCUCUUCCAGGUCCUGUAUGUUCUUUGGUUUCCCAGCAUGCUCUGCACAUUUUGAGUUCUUCCCCACAAUGGCUAUGGGAUGUUGAAGUCCCGCUCAGAUAAAACUGAAAAAAGUCACUGACGCUUAUGGGGGCCACACGUGAUGUUAUUUUAUUCUUCUGAAAUAUGUAUAAAUAUCUGUUGUGUAGCUUCUU